GGAGGAGGAGGAGGGGGGAGAGCAUGGACAAUGACGUCACCCGUGCAUGAUCACAAAUGAUACAGCCCUGUGAAUGACUUGUUGGAUUCUCCUCAGCAGAAACUUACUGCAUUUUAUCCGGAACAUCAGGAGCAGCUUGACCAGAGCUGUGCCCCCCUGCUGGUACUGGUAUAUCCCUGGGGAUGGCUGAGGGCCAAAGCAGCAACAGCUCCAUGAAUAUAUUGAAGCCUGAAAUACUGCACAAUUGCAACAAAAACUCAGAUGUGGCCGACAGAGGAGAAAGCAGCAAACGCUCCAGGGAAAUGACAGAAGGGCUUCAGACUGGAGAACUGCACAAGAGCAAAGAAAUGUCAGUGGACCGCAGAAACAACUCUGAGCAGGUGAAACAGUGUUUUCAAUCUGAUAUAAAUCCUGAGGGAAAAGCAAGCUCAGUUCAGGCAAGCAGCUCAUCCCCUGGACCCCCCUCCUCUGCACCUCCCUCUACUGGACCCUCCUACCCUGGACCCUCCUCCUCUGGACCUUCCUCCUCUGGACCUUCCUCCUCAGUACCCUCUUCCUCUGAACCCUCCAGUUCCCCGGAUGUUGUAAGUGCUACACAUGUUGAGGGGGCUGAAGCAGUGAGGAAGAAGAGGGAGGACGGCCCUUCAUCUUGUUGCCUGCUGAAGGAUAUGAAAAGAAUUCCACAAUUUGACAACAAGCUGGGACGUCUGGACUUCAGCAAAACGCACACUGUCCUCGUAGAUGUGGCCGUUUUCAACUGUGGAGCAGGACUUAUGCCUCAGGAUGGAAGAGACGUGUGGCACAGUGACUUUGUGAAAAUGCCGUAUUCUCAGUCGAGUUACAUGAAGACUGGAUUUGUGAUGCCAACCAACAAGGUUAGGUGGGAAGUGAUCUCCAAGCAGCUGAGCUCUCUGUCCAAGAAGACGACAGCCAGCGUCAAUGAUUUUGAGGAAGCUAUCAUCAAAUAUAACCCAAAGUACAAAGGUCAGUGGUCCUUUGAUGCCCUCUCCAGCUUCGUUAAGGCCAUCCCGAAAGGAGAUAAUUACUCACCCAAACUAUUUCAAAGGAUAGCUGAGCUGGCCUUGAGGCUGCCUGAGCUCGUGAAGAAGGCCGUCCCGCUGCUUAAGAGGGGACACACUGCAGCCAUCACCCUGUCGCAAACUCAGAUAGCCUGCCUGCUCGCCAAUGCAUUUUUCUGCACUUACCCUCACCGCAACGCCUCCGGUCCUAAAGCAGAGUACCACAACUACCCCUCCAUCAACUUCACCAGUCUGUUUGGUACCUCGUCGCCCCGGAAGAAGCAGAAGCUGAGGGCCAUCAUGCAUUACUUUCAGGAAGUCACAGCCAGGGAACCAACAGGACUGGUGACGUUUGAGAGACGCUGCCUCAAGGACACUGACUUACCCAACUGGGGAAGCUGUAACAAAAAGAUGUAUAAACUGCACGUUGCCUCACAUGGCACCAUUGAGAAUGAAGGAAAAGGAAUGCUUCAGGUGGAUUUUGCCUCCAGCUGGAUCGGUGGAGGUGUGCUGGGCUCAGGUCUGGUGCAGGAGGAGAUCCUGUUCAUCAUCAAUCCAGAGCUGAUCGUGUCCCGCCUCUUCACCGAGAAACUUGGGGACAAGGAGUGUCUGAUCGUUACAGGCUCCCAGCAGUUCAGCAAUUACUCUGGUUUCGGGGACACCUUUCAGUGGAAAGGCCCUCAUGAGGAGCGCCUCAACAGAGACGAGUGGGCUCGGCUGCAGAGGCAGAUCGUGGCAAUCGACGCUUUGCACUUCAGAAACAGAAGUGAGCAGUACAAUAUGAUCGAUGUCACACGGGAACUAAACAAGGCAUACUGUGGAUUUAAGGGUCAUCGGCCCGAUGAGCCCGACAUCGCUACAGGAAACUGGGGCUGUGGAGCUUUCAAUGGAGACAAACAACUCAAAGCUGUGAUCCAGCUGAUGGCAGCAGCACAGGCAAAGCGAAGUCUGGCCUUCUUCACCUUUGAGGAUGAAAGUCUGAAGCAAGGCCUGCAGCAGACGCACCACCUGCUGGUCACAGAAAGAAUUACAGUUGAGAAACUGUACAGACUCCUUGAAGACUACUGUGCCACUCAGCUAGCGCUCGGCAGUGGACAUGUGGAUCUGUUUGAGUUCAUCAGGAUCAACUUCAGCCCUUCCAGGAGUCUGCUGUGAGGACGGAUUCAUCCCCACCUCUGCAUCUGAAUUUUCACUUAAAUCUAAAAGGGACCUUUAAGUAAAAGAAAUGAAGAAGCGUCCGUAUUGAUUAAAGAUCAUAUUUUGCAAAUGUACCUUAUUUUGAUCGUUAAAAGCGUAGCGAUAGCCAGGAAAUCUGGGCAGAGAGAGAUAUGAUGUGUAACAACGAAGAAAGUACAUGGUUAUUGAACAAGGCGGUUUUCAAUGACAUGCCUUAAACAAGGCUUUAGAUCAAUUCAUCCAGAAGGUGUUUUUGAUUUAGUUUCUACACUUUGAUUUAUUCACUUUUUCUUGAAGCCAACUGGCCAAGUUGAGAAACUCAUAAAAAAUAAAAUGUCUUAGUGUGAAUCA